AUGUAACCUCACAUUUUUAUUGCUGGGACACAUGCUCAAAAAUUCUAAAUGCAAAUAUUGAGAAAAUUAAACCUUUUGACUGCUAAAAAUAAGCUGCUGUCAACUGGGUGUCAACUGGGACACCUCUGCAGAACAACUUGGCACACCUUUGGUCAUUGUUGAACUUUAUUAGACUUCUGCCCGCUAUAAAGCGGUGGACAGUGCAAUAUGCCAACGAAUUUCAGUUGCUAGACAAAUUGUUGGGAAAGCUAUUAGCUCGCAAACACAAAGACGGAGGAAGUAAUUUCAAAUCGUAAUCGUUACUAUAAAAACGGAACUACGGUAAGCAAGAAAAUAACAGUGUAGCAAAGAUGGCAAGGAAAGAGGGCAAAAUGAAUGUCAGCAGCAUCGAUGCCUUAGGUGAUGAUCUCUGUGACACUGUCCUCUGCACUCCCAAACUCUCCUCUGCUCUCUCUAGCAAUCCUUCUCUCCAGGAAGCAGUUGAAGAGGUGUUCAACAAGGUAUUUGCAGAGCUGAUUCGACCUCAUUUUGCAAUUGUGACCGUCACUUCUCCCGAUUUAGAAGAGGCUCGUCAGUUGAUUACUAAGAAGUUAGGAUCAACCAUUCCAAUCAUUUACACAGCACCUACUGGACUAAUUGGAAGGGAUGCUAUUACGAAUGAAUUUAAAGAGCUUCAGUGGCAAGUAUAUGUUGAUCAAAAUGAUUCGUCUUCGGUCAGUUUUGAUGAUGAUGACAGUGCUGUCCGUCAGAGGCGAGUCAUUUGUUUGACUGUUGGUUUUUUACCGGGAUUGAAAGUUGCAGCAGUCCCACUCUUUCAGUCAAAGAUGGUUCCAUUUGUGGAUGAAUUUUUGGAAGAUAUUAGUGAAUGCGUUACAUCUGUUUCAGGAUGCAAGGCACCAAUUGGGAUGAUAUUAUUUACAGAUGAGAGUAUGGAUUCAGAUAAUCUUCUGCGAAAAAUGGAUUAUUCCAUGCCUCCAGAGACUGUCAUUGUUGGUGAUCUCUGUGGAGAGUUUUUAUGUGGAAAUGAUGUUAUGAACAAGAGAUCUAAGAGAAAAAGGCAACCUCUUUUUAUGGUUGCUGUUGCCCUACUAUUCAUGCAAGAUCCGAAUAAGCCUCCUGGCAUAGGUGAUAUUAAGCUGCAUGCUGCUUUAUCUGCUGGCUUAGUACCUGUAGGUCACAAAUAUGAAGUGACUUCUGUAAAUGAAAGCAGUGUUUAUUGGACAAAACUCACUGCGAGAAGGGAAAAUUCAGAUCAGAACCUUGAUGAGCAAACUGUUCGGAACAUUUUCGGAAUUGGAAAUCGACUUCUAUUUGAUGCUUAUAUAGGGAUUGUGAAGAAAAGAAAGGACAUUGCUGGGUUUGAAGAAGUAAAAUGGUUAUCAUCCCAAAUAUUUCAUGCAGUCCACGGGGUUGACAAGGAGGACCUGGUUGUUGAUAGUGGUGCUGAUAUUGAAACUGGUGAUUGUUUCCGUUUCUUUAAGGCAGAUUCUCAUAUGACAUCUUCUUCUCUUAGACAAGUCUCCGACAAAUUUAGAGAUUUGAAGAUAAGUUGUGAUGUCGGGAAUUCUGAUGGUCAGAGGAUUAGACCUGCUAAUAGCGAAAAAAUGACAAUCUUUGGUGGCGUUAUAUUUUCUUGCACUAGGCGUGGCAAGCCACUUGGAAAAGCUAAAUUAGGAAGCUCUCCUUUCUUGGAGAAUUUUCCUGAUGUCCCAUUGGCUGGAUCAUUCUGUAUUGGAGAAAUAUGUCGCGGGGAUUCAAGUUCAUAUGGUCAGCUAUCUGAAGAAGGUUCUCACCGGUGCUGCCUGCAUUACAACAGCAGUGUUUAUCUACUCAUGUCCUACACUCCAUCUUCGCAGGGAAGCUAGCAGUUUUUGUUUUAGAGUACUAUAAAACCACCUCAAGAUGAUUUCCCUUUAUUUGUUCUUGACUUGUUAAAUGUUAUCCUAUGGGUUUGUGUCCUUGUGGGCAAUGCGCUACAUAAAUUCUGAUUUUAACUAGGUAAAACUUGCUCAAAUUUGAAUUUAUGAAAAUUUCUAUAGACUUAAUUAUGGUGCAGAUGCAAUAGGAGUCUCAAGG